AUGCUUCUCGGCCUUCUUCGGUGUCACAAACAUCAUUCAUUCGGAUCAAAACCCGCAGCUACAAAUAAGAGUCGGCUUCUCUCACUGAAUAGUACUCGCUGCUAUUUCAGUUUACACUCACCGUUUCAAACAACCUGCUCUUCUGCUUCGAUAUCUCCACCUGCUCCACCCCUCCCGCGACUAGCCGUUCGGCACAUCUCGUGUAGUUCCAGUACCGGGAACAUUUCCCGCGGCACUUCGUCCAGAAUGGCUACUGCCACUAAGAUCCAGCUGUCGCCAGUGACAGACGCAGGUAUCUACAACUCAAAUGUGAGGGAAGAUACUGCGCAGAUAGCGAGCGAGAUCUUGCAGCAAGACAUGGCCAGCCACCAUGUCUUCUUCAAUGACAAACGGUUCCACAAGACAGACCACAUUCCUCAUCAUAUCCUUACUAUCUAUGCUCUUGGUGCAGCACCAGAGGACAUCAAGGCUUGCGAUGAGCGAGAUAAGACUUAUCAGAGACCCGCCUUUCCAGUGAACCAAGACAUCGUCCAGUCUAUGCAUGAUGUCGCUAAGUUUCAGGAGUACUUUGGGAAGGAAGAAAAUUACCCUCAUUAUCUCGCUUUCUUCCAGCAUGAGAUUGAUACCAAGGGCGUUACUGGGGUUCUGGGAGAGUAUCUCUUCGCGGGAGAUGAGCGAGCCGAGAGUAUGAUGUGUCGGCUGUUUGCUGGCCUCGUCCACCCCCUCAUCCACCUUGGCUUCGGUAUAGAGUUCAACCAGCCUGCCAUUGUAGCUCAGGCCCUUGCCCAGACAGCAGUGCACGAUGAUUGGAUUGGUCAUGCAUUCUUCCUACCGGCGGAGAAGAUGGCUGGCGGGGUCGGGAAGCCCGGACAGAAAUCCCUGCUCCAGCUCGUUAAUGAGAUCCGGGCUGACAAGGCUCUUGUUGAGAGUGUUCAGUGGACUGACGGUAAUAAGAUUAAGGAUGGAGUGCUCCACCGAGCACCUGAGAAGAUGAUGAAGUAUGCUUCUCAAUACACUGUCUCUGAGGACCAGGUGGAGGAACGGGUGGCGGAUAUGAUCAAUACAGUCGCCUACUACACCAGUGCCGCCCAGAGUCCGAACAGAGAGAUGAAGCUUGAUUUCUUCCUCUUGCAUUGUGUCAAUGCGUCUAUCUUCUUUUCCAAGAUUAUCAAUCUCCCAUUCAUGACCCAGCAAUCCAAGCUGCGCAUGAUGGAGUGGAAAGGACGCAUCGAUCUCCUAAUGUAUGUUUCACGUGGAUCGCCAGAGCUUCUGCUGGACCAGGUAGCCAAUUAUCCCAUAAAGGAAGAUUGGCCACAGAUAUUCGUGCGAAGCAUCGCCCAUCCCGGUGAUGAUGGACAUCUAGCUAAGCUAGCGCGGGCUCUGGCACAUGGUCAGAAAGUCUGCCAGACAUAUGAGAGCAAAAUCCCCGAGAUGCCGAUCAAGGGAGAUAUGUGGCUUAGGAUUGGCAAUAUAGCCGUUGAUUCCACUGUGGAGGAGGGAGAUAAACCAAUGUGGAUUCGAUUUGCUGGAUUUAAGGAAGCAUGGGAGGCUCAAAGAUAG